AUGGACAUGAAUGUGUCAACUGGUUCCAUUUCUGAAGAUGGUGAAAUGAGUGAUGUUAACAUUACUCAUUCUAGUGAGAAUGAUGACGAUGACGGAGGACAAUCGACAACAAGGAAUUCUUCAGUUUCCCCUUUCAAGAGCAGUUCUCGCAGAGAAACAAAACAGAGAAAGCAGGUUUCUGAAUCAGAGACAGAUUACGAUGAAGAAAAUGGAGAAAUGGACCCCCUUGCAAGGAUGCUUUCCACACCGACACAUGGGGACGAAUCCAGUGAGCCACCAGAGAAGAUUCAGAAACUUAGUGAUGAAAAGAAAACUGAAGGUGAAUUUGUUAUGCCCAAGUCAUCUCCAAUGUCAUCCUCAGAAACCCCACCGCCAACCUCUUCACCUUCAAAAGAAAGUGAAAAAGAAGCAGAACGGAGAGCUGAGUACAGAAUUAAAAGAGAGGCUGAGGAAGAGGAAAGGGAAAAAAUGCAAGUUUUAGUAUCCAAUUUCACAGAAGAACAGUUGGACCGUUACGAAAUGUACAGAAGAUCGGCUUUCCCAAAAGCAGCUAUCAAACGAUUGAUGCAGACCAUUACCGGAUGUUCUAUUUCUCAAAACGUGGUCAUCGCUAUGGCCGGCAUUGCCAAAGUUUUCGUCGGCGAAGUAGUAGAAGAAGCUCUCGACGUCAUGGAGCAAUGGGGCGAUAGCGGUCCACUUCAGCCCAAGCACUUGAGAGAAGCCGUCAGAAGAGUGAGGAAUCGAGGAGGCAUCCCCGGCUCGAAACCAUUCGCAAAGGCCCUUUGAAACUUAUACUUACAACAAUCAACUACCAUGGCAGUGUCAUUUAUCUCUUGUAACUAAAACUUUUAAAUAAAAAACGUAAAAAAUAGAAAUAUUUGAAUUCUUUAACGUGAA